AUGAUUCUUCGUCAGAUGCCUACAGACGGCUUGCACCGCAAGCAACGAGUGUCAAUCAUAUGGAUUAUGGAGAAAGAAUAUCACAACAACUGGGUUUGCGAUUGGAUGGACUAUUUGCUCGAGCAAGACUCAAGCAACGCACAAGAUCUGAAGGCUCCCCAAACAGACAAGAUUGCGCGUCGCUUGGAUAAUGUUCAAGUUAUGAAGAAUGUGUCGAGCUUGGAAAAGCAGGAGAUCACGGAAAUUGUUGCACAGCUCAUGGAAAGCGCAGAAGGCUCGAAGCACCUGAAUUUCAACUACUCACUGUACAUUACCGACGAGUCUGGAAAGGAGCUUCAUAUUGGACGGCGUGGCGUCCAGUUUCACGGAGAGCCCGAUCUAGGUGCUAUCAUAAAUGAGGAAGUCAAUAUCUGUUCCGGGAAGCUUCUGAUCUCAGUUAAGAAGCUUGCCUUGACGAAGGAUAAUGUCGAUUUCUAUGAGGCCGAAUUUCAACCAUCACAAGAUUACACAGGCUUCUGGGCCCCAUCAACAGCCGAAGCAGCCAGUGACUAA